GGCUUCGACGGAGAUGGCGAUGAACUCAUCAGAUCAACUUACGCUCGACAGUCGAUCAUUGAAAUUAUAACGAAACACUACGCGAUGAAUCUGCUGUAUAUUUGGAUUACUGGCCACGUCCUUAGUGCAUUGGCUUUUGCGUCCCCUGCCAGCCAGAAUGAUCUCAAUCAGGACACCCCUUACAUCAAAGAGCUGCUGCGGCAGGCCAAGGCUGCCGAGAUUGAGAGCUUCAUGAACCAGAAGGCGGAUCCAUGCAGUGACUUUUACGCUUUUGCAUGUGGCAACUAUGAACGCAUUAACUCGGCUUUCAGUAUGCAGGUUGUUACCACUGGUGUUUUCGAGACUUUGACAAAAGGUCUCAACCGGAAAAUUAUUAAGAUGCUCAACAACGGACAUGAUGACCACGAUACUCCGGAGGACAUCCAGGUAAAACACUUCUACGAGUCCUGCCUCAGAAUCAAGGAACUCAACUCCACCUACAGUGAAAAGCUAAAACGACUCAUUGCCGAAUUCGGAACAAUGCCGGUGCUCGAGGGCUCAUCGUGGGACGAGUCGAGUUUCGACUGGCUCGGUACAACAGCACGCAUGUCCCACCGAUACGGAAUAUCGCCAAUUCUUGGUGUAGAGGUGAAUACGGACAUAGCGAGCAAUGAUAGGAACCGGAUAUACCUGGGGCAGCAGGAUUUUCCCCUUGAGGCACGGUCCAUGUAUUUGGAAAAUGAGACGCUCAUCUAUCGUCAAAAAUACCGCAACAAUAUCCAACGAACCCUGCAGCGAUCAUUGGGAGUAAAAAUGGAACUUGCAAAACAGACGGCCAAGGAACUGCUCAACUUCGAGGUGGAUUUGGCAAAAGGACUUGUGGACGAGAGCGAAGGUCUAGGCAUAGAAAGUUUGACAGAGUUGAUAACUGUGGCCGAUCUUCAAAAGAGGUAUUCCCCUAUAUUGGACAUAGACCGAUUAAUAUUUGUGAGCAUGGGAGAGCAUGUUUCUGGCCAGAUAUACGAAUUCAAUAAACAGUAUCAGGAAAAUCUAGUUGAAGUCAUCAAGCGUACGCCGAAGCGCACUAUAGCCAACUAUAUAUUUUUCCGCCUCAUCUGGGAAUUUCUUGAAACGCCUUCCGAGAAUUCGGAAAAGCAGAAAGAGGCCUGCGUGGACCUUACUAAGAAGAUAUUCGCAAAGAACCUUGACAACAUGUUCUAUCGUCGCUACAACAACGAGAAAUCCUCCAGAGAAAUCGAUAACAUGUGGCGUCAACUUAAGUUUACCUUUAACGAGACGUUGCGGUCUAGCUCGGCACUAGACUGGAUCGAGCGUCCCACUCGUGAUCUGGCCAUCGCCAAACUGCAGGCCAUGACUCUUCAAAUCAACAAUUACGCAAAGGAUAAUUUCACCGAAGAGUUUGCGGAUCUUAAUCUUCAAAGUGCCGAUUACGUGGAGAAUGUGCGACAGACAAGCCUUCUUAGUGCAAAGCAGAUGCGGGAGAUGCUUCACAAGCCAGCAAAACCAUUGGAGGCGGGCUCACAGCUUAGCUAUACACCUGCCAACAUCCUGAUUGAGAACACCAUCAAGAUUCCGGUUUCCCUACUGCAACCCUUUUACAUUUGGUCCGAUGUCUAUCCAAACGCGGUUAUGUUCGGAACAUUGGCCUCGCUAAUUGGACAUGAGUUGAUCCACGGUUUUGAUGACAGCGGACGAAAAUUUGAUGCCAAAGGAAACACAAAUGAUUGGUGGGACGAAAAGUCAAGCAGCAACUUCCUAAAACGCCGAGAAUGCUUUACGAAGCAGUAUGGCAAGUAUGUGUACGAUGGGAUCCAGCUGAAGGAGUCCACUUCGCAGUCGGAAAACAUUGCGGACAAUGGGGGUAUGCGUCUGGCAUACACCGCCUACCGGAAGUGGUACGAAAACCAGUUGAAACAACCAAAUAAGGAUAUUUCCAUGGAAACCCUACCCGGCCUGCAAUACACUGCCAAACAGCUGUUCUUCAUCAGCUUUGGCCAGAUCUGGUGCAACGAUGCGCAUCCAAAUGUAAAGAGCCUUCAAGUAUCAACCGACCAACAUAUGCCUGGCAAGUUCCGCGUUAUUGGUCCCUUGUCCAACUACGAUGAGUUCUCCAAGGAGUUCAACUGCCCAGCAGGAUCCCCAAUGAAUCCCAGUGAGAAAUGUAUUCUCUAUUAAAUGAUUGACUUUCUUUUAAAUUUUAAUCUAAAUGUUUGUAUGUAAAUGGAUUUUAUAGAAUACAAAAAAUAAAUAAACGAAGAACCAUUAA